AUGCAGACAUCCAAUCAUGUGAAAGCGAUAACGCAGUGGCUACUCGUGUUGUCCAAAUACUUUUAUUUUGGUUUCCAGAAGAUUUCUUUGUGUGUGGGUAGGGCCAGAUAGAAAUCUGUCGCAUAUAAAAACACAAUCGGCCUCCACUGGAAUCAUUGUCUUCGCAUCGUCUUGAAGAUGAAGUUGUACGCAUUUUUCGCUGUUAUAUUGGCCUUAUUUGCUUUGGCUAUUGCAAGCCCUAAGCCCAUUCCGAAUCCUGAACCCUUACCUGGUGGCGGCGGCGGCGGAGGUGGCGGUGGUGGUCGCUCUGGAGGCGGGGGCGGUGGCGGUGGUGGCGGUGGCAAGUGAACUCAUCGCAGAUCAAGCAGAUCAAAAUACUAAACUAAAUGUAAACUUAC